UCUCGCGAUAUUUUACCACGCGAUAAUUCGGAAAUGGCGUCUGUGACAACAGCAAGUGCGACGAAACAAUUAGAGGAGAAUUUUAUCAAUUAAACCUUGGCCAUGUUGUGAUCGGAGUAAAAUGUUACAUGCAUAUGUUUUAAACAACUUUUUUGUAAUGAAUGAUGCGGAAUAAUUGGUUAUAAGUUCGUUUGUGCGUGAGAAACAUGCAAUGGGUAGCCUUGAUGGUCCAGUGCAGAUUGACACAAAACUCCAUGAGGCGGUACGGUUCUCACAGAUAGAGGAUGUUAGGGUAGCACUCCAGCAGGGAUAUGAUCCAAAUCUUAUAGGGGUUUACAUGUGGAGUCCCCUUCAUGAAGCAGCAUACAAUGGAGAUAAAGAAAUUCUACGAUUAUUGUUGCAGAAGAAAGGUGACCCUAACAAGACUGAUUUCCAAAGGGGUCGGACAGCAACACAUUAUGCAGCUGAGAAUGGAUAUGUUGACUGCCUUAAAUUGCUGGUAGAUGCUGGAGCUAGAUAUGAUAUCAAAGAUGAUGAUGGGAAAGAUUGCCUCGACGUUGUCACUCCAGGGGGACGAAAAAUACUUGAGAGACUUAAGAUGAGAGAUUUGAUGCUAAACCCAGAUGAUGAUAAUGACGAAGGUAUCUCAACUGACACGUCACAUGAUCAGACAUCAUCAGUAUCAACAAGUCGUAGAUCUUCCAUCAUUUCACAGCAAGAGAAUGGUCCAGUUCUAGGUUACAUUCACCUGUCAGUGGAGUACCAUGCAGCCAAGGGAUCACUGAAAAUACGUAUAUGGCAACUCUCAGAUUUAUUGCUUCCCCCUCCAAGUACAUCAAUGAUUCACUCUAUUUAUGUGAAGAGUUACCUUCAGCCGGACAAAAAACGAGAAACAAAACGUAAAACAGAAGAGGUGAAAGUUGAUUCAUCUAAAGGUAACAUCCACUGGAAAAAGAAGAAAGAGUUCAGCAUUAAACAUGUAUUUACACCAGCCAAUUUUAAGUUUAGUCAGCCACUAGAAUACUCAGGUAUAACACAUGAUAUUGUCAGAGAAAAACAAUUGGAAAUAGAAGUGUGUAUAACUCAGCGUUACACACGUCGAAGUUUUCUUAUUGGAAUUUUAAGAAUGUCAUUGAAGUCUGCUGUUAAGAAGUUAAAAAGAGAAAAGUUAACUCUGAUACCAUGUAUGAACCAUACAAUUCCAUCCAGCAUGAAAGUUUAUUGUGCUUCUGAAUUGGACAUUGUAAAUAAUUCGCCAGGUGGAGAUUUCUUCUUUAGCAGUCCUAAUGUAAGAAUUGUACUUCCAGAGGACACGGAUGAUUCCUCUGAUAGAGCUGCUAGUAACCCUGAUUUACAGCCAUGGCAACAUCUCUCUCCAUCUGUUGAGGUGGAUAUGAACCAAAAAUUCCAAAUUGUGCCAAAUGUUCCAAAAUUGGAUUUGAGUAACUUGCCUUUAGAUGAAAGUGGAUAUUCAAGUGAAUUACACAUAUCAAUGCAAAGUGAACUGGAAAGCCCAGAUUCUGAUAGUUCUAAAAGUAGCUUCAUAAGAUUACAUGAGAAAAGCACUGGCAUCGCUAAAGUGCAUGAGACAAAGAAAGUGAAGGUCACCCACAUGCUGGAAAAUAUCAUAGAACACAACUCACAAAGAGACCAUAAGCUUAGUGAUAAGUCAGAUGUUAAACUUGAAAUAACUGACCUUAAUGAUGAUGAAUUAGGUGAAGUUCUUGCAGAAAGUAGUGAGAAAAGUGGUAAAAUGUCAGAAAAAGCAGCACACAAAAAAUCGGAUUUAAACAAAAAGAACACAAAGUCUGAUGAAGAUGCUUCUUCUAGACCUGACACCCCUACAUGGGAUUAUUAUGACAUUCCAACUGAAGUUGUAUCUCAGGAUUUGGAAGAAUUCACUUCACCAUGGAAAGAAGGAGCAGCUCCUGUCAUAUUACCAAUGGAUACUACUUUAGGAAUUGUAAAUGCAAAAGAUCAAAAUUUAAUACAGCCAAUCAAAAAAGACAAAUCAUUUAGGCAAUCAAAGAAAAAAUCAAAUGCUCCAGUUCCAGGAAAAGCUGUCCCAGUGUUGCCAAGUAUAGUUGUUACUAAUGCUGAACAUGAUAUAGGAUACAAUAAACCUUCCACUAAUGAAGAGAUGAAUAUAUCAAUACCAAGUGAAGUGUUAAGAGAAGUCAGGGAUAUAGAUAUUAACAAACCUAAGGACAGUGAAAUAAGUGAUGAUGUUGAAAAAGGGGCAAGACCAAAAACAAAAUCUGUGUUGAAAAUGAUUGACAGGAAGAUGUUUAUAAAUGUUGGUAAAACUAUUGGGAAAGAUAAAAAGGGCAAAACUGAAGCUGAAAAGUCAGGGAUUAAUCAACAAAGUGCUGUGAAAAAUGAGCAAAAUUUUCCUAAAGUAAAAUCAAAGUUUAGAAAAGUUAAAAAAUCAAAAGAGGAUGAAUUAAAGGAAGGAAGUACAAAUAUUUAUAAAGAGGAGUUUAAACAGAACGUGAUAGUGUCCCCUUCUAACAUUUUGACUCAAAACAGACCAGUCCAGUCAGGAAUUGGACAUAGCAAAAUGGAUACAGGAAGGUCUCAGACUGGUUCCUCUGUUGUUGUAGAAAUGGACAAACUUUCUCUGUCUGCAACUGGUGCUCAUGUUGUGGAAUUAAUUGAAGAAGAUAUUAGUAUAACUGAACUUGACGAGGACGAUCAACUCUUUACAGACAGAUCGGAGGCUUCCAUGUCAGCGUUUACAGACAUAGAAAGUGGUCUGGGAGAUUAUCAUCUUCCUGAACGGGUAUCUCCAACGAAGUAUAUGAUACCCAUGCAGGUAUAUGAAGUUGAUGAUACAAGUUGUGAUGAGUCUGUUUCAACUGAUAGGUCAUAUCUUCCCACCACUGUAUUAUGAAAUAUGAUCAGUGCAUUAAUUUCUUGCCCAAUUAUAUUCUUCCAAAGUGCUUGAAAAUUGCCACAUACAGUUUUCAGUAAUAUCUACCUGUAAAAACCAUUGAUCCCUUGUAUUUUAUUAUCCAGAGAUGACAAAGAUAUUGAACUUUUCAAAAAACUUUAUACCAGGCCUCUCACUGCUGUAGGAUUGAAACCUUGCUUUGGAUAUGGAAUUCUUUUUUGUGAGGAAACCAUUCAGGUGGUUCUACCCAGUUGACCGCCCGUGCCUGCAGUAAUGUCCAGAGGGACACCGGGGUUCUUUCUCCACCAUCAAAAUUUUGAAAGUCACCAUGUAUCCUGUAAUUGCAUCAAUGUGACAAUAAGCCCUACAUACAAACCACUGCCUACAAAAGCAGUAGAUAGACAUGUUAAUAAAAAUGAAUAUCAGGAAAACUCAAUAUGUAUAAAACACGAAAAGUAAUAACUUUAUAAUAUGGCUUGAUUGCAUCAUUUUUCAGUAAUAGAUAGUCUCCACGAAGACCAUCAGGAUAAAUGAGCCAUUAAAGUUUCAUUAUUAAUUAUUGGGUUUGUUGAUAACCCUUCAGUGAAAAAAUUGCCGCCCCGUCCCCCUCCCCAUUUUUUGUACUGACCCUACAAUUUACUUCCUUUGAGGAACACUAACAAAUCGAAUAAUUAGUUUGUGUUAUCAACUCUUAUUUUUAGACUAACAUGAUAUGAAAAUCUACUGACCCUCGGCAGAAAUAUUAGGGGUCACCGUGUGACCACCUUUUAACCAAAGAAAAUGGUAGUAGAACUUUGUGGGUGGUAAAACAAACAUUUAUAAUGGUAAUUAACAGAAUGUAGUUCCAUGGUAUAACAUUGUGCCUUAACUGUUUGUUUACAGUUGAUACAAGAUUUAUGUCUUUGACUUGUUAAUGUAAAUAAUAUAUUAGAAAAUUAGCGUUUCUUUUACAUAAACAUAUACUAAUGUACUUGUCCGUUGAUCGGAACUUUCAUAUCUUAGUCAUA